GUGCCCACCCCUACUCUAACUAAUCAGAGUGAUUUUUCACGGGGUACAAAAUGUUGAGGGACAUGGUUUGCAAAAUAAGAAAGAAUUGGUGACGUCAUUUCGAGAAACCUCAUUUUCCGAUUUAGCACCGGUGUGACGGUCUCAAAACCCUCGAUCGAUCGCCAGUGUCAGUGUGUUCCAUAAAAUGAGAGGAGGUAUAGGAAGAAGAUUGUCAAACCCUAACAAUGGCUUUACCCUUGCAUCCAUAGUCAACCACACUCCAUUUCUCAUCCAACCUACUUCUCACUUCUCCUCUUCCUCCGACGGCACUGGCCGUGGCCGUGGACGCGGUGGUGGAGAUGGAGGUUUUCCCGCCGCUGGAAGGGGACAGUUCGGUUUCAAUCCUGAACCGGAAAAGGCUAAAGAGCUGCCGGUGGCGGCGCACGUACGUGGCUCAUCGGAAUCGCAAUCUGCGGGAGGAUAUGGUCAUGGUCGUGGCCGUCCGAUCCAAUCUGAUCCGAUGAUUUCUCCUCCGUUUUCCUCAUUCGCCAGAUCGGAGUCCUCUAGCGUUUGCCGUGGAAGAGGUUCCGUUUCACAGCCGCAGCAACCGCGUUUUCAACCGCACUCGCCUCCUGUGUUUGCGAAGCUGCAGGAUAAUAUUAAAGAAGAAUCUUUGUCACCACCAGAGUCUAAGAGCAUAUCAAAUGCUUUAGGAAGUGGAGGAAAACCUUUUGUGCAAUCCGCUCCAACAGCGGAACAUGAAGAAAACCGCCACAAUCGCCGCCCUCAGCCACCACCGCAGCGACAGAGGCGAGUUCAACCUCCCAAGGAUGCAACUCCCCGUCCACAAUUGAGUCCGGAAGAGGCUGGUAGAAGAGCAAGGAGCCAGCUUUCCCAAGGUGAAGCUGAAGGAAGCGGUGGUGUAAGAGGGAGGGGAAGGGGACGAGGAAGAGGAGCAAGAGGGAGAGGCAGGGGGAGAGGUGGUGAAGCGUGGAGAGAUGAUAAGAAAGAAGAGGAAGCUGAACAAGAGGCUUUGAGUAUAUUCCUUGGAGACUCUGCUGAUGGAGAGAAGUUUGCUACGAAAAUGGGAACUGAGAUUAUGAAUGAGUUAGCUGAAGGUUAUGAGAGUAUCUGUGAAAGGGCUUUGCCUUCUACUGCUCAUGAUGCCUUGGUUGAUGCUUAUGACACUAAUCUCAUGAUCGAAUGUGAGCCAGAGUAUCUGAUGCCUGACUUUGGAUCAAAUCCUGACAUCGAUGAGAAGCCACCACUGUCUCUGGCUGAAUGCUUUGAGAAGGUGAAGCCUUUCAUAGUGGCAUUGGAAGGAAUUAAGGAUCAAGAAGAAUGGGAGGAAGCAAUUGAUGAAGUGAUGACACAAGCACCCCUUAUGAAAGAGAUUGUUGAUCACUACAGUGGUCCUGAUCGAGUAACUGCUAAGACACAGAACGGGGAACUCGAUAGAAUUGCUACAACAGUUCCUCAAAGUGCACCAGAUUCUGUGAAACGAUUUGCAGAUCGUGUUGCUCUUAGUCUUAAGAGUAAUCCUGGUUGGGGAUAUGACAAGAAGUACCAGUUCAUGGACAAGCUCGUUUUAGAGGUGUCACAGAGCUACAAAUAGCGUUUCAAACUGUUUUUUUCAAGGCUUUAUCGCUGCAUUUGAGUUUAGAUCGAAUUCUUGAUCUUGCCCCUACUUGAAACGGUAUCCAUCUCUACAAAACAAGUACUCAUGAAGUGGAGGUUUAGCAUUUUUUUCUUCCAUAUGUUUUCAGGGUUUCUGUAAUAACGGCUUUAUUCUUUGGAUCAUUGUAACUCAAACAGAUUAUACUUGCCCUUUUUCAGUAACGGGUUUCAAUGUUUAAGCCUGCCUGUAGUCGGGAUAAGAAUGAUUCUUGAGUCCUUUUAGGGUUCCGGUGACUAAUACAGAAAAGGAGUUAAAGGAGCAUUAGAAUUCUCAUUGUUUAUACAACUUUGUACAAUAUGGUCUGGAUGUUUGUGGUACUCUGAACCUUUUUAGUCGAU